GAAUCAAACCGGCCCUAAUCUCGAGGUCACACAGGUCUCAGGACGGAAACAGAGUAAAAAAAUAAUGAGCGAUUACCCACAAUGCAUUUCUGCUGAAGAAAUAACGCACAUGCUUAUUUCAAUCUGAAAGUAAACGAUAAGUUUGACACUUUUGUGUGAAGUUUAUUUACGAGUUUUUAAUAUAUUUCAUUGUAAUUAUUCAGCACUAGAAAUGCAUGGAGUAAAAGCGCAGCCAUUUUUGCAACCUGCGGUAACAGAUGAAAGGAUUGGAUUGUUGCUCACGUCUUCUGCUUCAUACGGCAUCGAAAGCGAUAUGACUUUCAGUGUAUCCAGCGAACUGUCUAAAAAGAAUGGAGAAGUGCCAGCAAAUGUUAAAAAGAAAGUGCUUACUCCAAGAAAAAUCCGGAUUCUUGCUUCUGUCAUUUAUGGAAAUUUAUUUCUUGGAAGCUGCUAUUCUUUGAUGGCACCUAUAUUUCCAGCGGAAGCGGAGAGAAAGCAUGCAUCAGCAACCGCAUAUGGAUUAGUAUUUGGAAUUUAUCAGCUUGUCAUGUUCCUGUCAGCACCGGUAUAUGGAAAACUAGUCGUACAUUUGAAGCCUGGUUUUAUGAUGAAAAUUGGAAUGUUCGUAUCAGGGGUUUGUGCUAUUACCUUUGGGUGAGUAAAUCAUCUGGUGAGUAAUUUUUUAG